UUCGGGACUUCGGUUUCCACCUCCGAACCAUUCCAAUGCUGGACUAGAGAGGGGAUGGGCUGAUUGUCCGCUUGUUGUGCCUCUGCGCUUGCUCAUGUCUCAUCCUGAAGCCGCCCUGAACCUUGCGCUGCACACGUGGAGAAGGCGGGAUGUCUGGGGCAGCGCGGACGGAUAUGCAGGGCGAGCUGCCCGAUGCUGAAGCUGAGCUUGGGUCGAGCGCAAUUGCAUUCAUACCUUUUCCAGUUUCUACACCUCGCCAGGUCAUCGCUGAGCAUGCACAUACAAGGUGCAUAGGCAUGCGCUCGUUUGAACAUUGACGUCGUGACGAUCUAAACGCCCGAAUUUAUCGGCGCGUGAAGCAUAACGUACCUCUCAACUAGAGAUUCGAACGAGCCCUGCGCGUCCCUGCUCCACACGCGUCAGUCCAUAUUUCAGCUUCUUCAGAGGCAGAGUGUGAAUCUCGCCAACAUGGCCUUCUCAGCGGUGUUCAAGAACCUCACGCCAACGUUCAUCUAUCUACUCAUCACCGCCACGAUCGGGCCUCUACUUUUCGGAUUCCAUCUCGCAGAAUUGAAUGCUCCGCAAGAAGUUAUAACUUGCGUCAAGAAGGGUCGCGGAACCUCGUCAGCAAUAAGAGAUGGGCUCGAGAGUCGCUCGAUCGGACUUCCACAAUGUAUACCCAUGGACGCGCUCCAAUUCGGCAUGGUCACAUCAUUCUUCACGUUGGGUGGACUGGCGGGUGCGCUGCUGGCUGGGCCCAUGACUGCCAAACGAGGUCGAUUACCGACGAUGGCGCUUACUGCUACUUUUGCCGUCACAGGACCUACGUUCGAAGCUCUGGCGCCCUCGUUCGGUGCCCUGGCGGUGGGAAGAUUUCUCUCAGGUGUAGGUGCCGGGGCUGCGACGGUUGUGGCGCCCAUUUACAUCAGCGAAAUAGCUCCGCCUAGCCAAAAAGGAUUCUUCGGGAGUUUUACACAGGUCAUGAUCAACUUGGGAAUCCUUAUCACACAGGUCAUGGGGCUCUUCCUGAGCCGAGGACAGCUGUGGAGAAUCAUAUUGGCAACAGGAGGAGUCAUAGCCAUUGCUCAGAUUGCUGGACUCGUGAUCGGCGGGCAGGAGAGUCCGAAAUGGCUGGUGGAUAACGGCAAGCCGGCAGAGGCGAGGAGGAUCCUGCAAAAGUUGCGUGGACAUCGGGUGGACAUCUCGGCAGAAACGACCGGGUGGGGUCUGCAGAACGAGCAUAAUAUUGAGGAGGAGCAGGAGAAUCUACUCGCCGACGAGCGCUCCUCGCAAACCCUGCCUCCGAACGACAACCGGCCUAGCGGCUCACGGUCGGAAAGUCGCACCGCUCUGGGUCCCUUUGCCGUCCUGGUGCACCCAGAUUAUUGGCCCGCGGUCUUUGCCGUAACCACGAUCAUGGUCGCGCAGCAAUUGACUGGAAUCAACAGCAUCGUCAUGUACGGCGUAGCGCUCCUCUCGGAUCUCCUCGCCGCGAAUUCCGCGAUGCUCAACGUGAUCGUCGCACUCGUCAACAUCGUCGUGACCGUGGCAGGCGCGCCGCUAGUCGAUCGGCUCGGGCGUAAGACCUGCCUGCUCAUGUCCAUGGGAGGCAUGGGCGCGAGCUCCUUGGUGCUGGGGUUCGGGAUCAUGAACUCCAUCCCGAUAUUGAGCGCCGUCGCGGUGCUCUUCUUCGUCGCGGCGUUCGGGCUGGGUCUCGGGCCGGUACCUUUCAUUCUCGCCUCGGAGCUCGUCAAUUCCGAGGCGGUCGGUGCGACACAAUCGUGGGCCCUGGCUGCCAACUGGACUGCGACAUUCUUUGUGGCGCAGUUCUUCCCGAUCGUGAAUGAGAAGCUCGGCAAGGGCCAGGUGUAUUUCGUGUUUGCGGGAUUCGCGGCCUUGUUCGGUGCCUUUACGGCGUGGUGGGUGCCGGAGACCAAGGGCAAGGCCGAUGCGGACGAGGUGUGGGGACGUAAGAAGCCACAGGAUCUCGAGGAUUGAUUUGAAUGAUCAAUUUUCCCCAUCACGAAUGUACGACUAACGAAUGCAACGCAAUGACAUAAUAAAGCAUGCUCAUGAAAGGCUCAAUGCCACAAUCCGCACCGUCUUGGCUCCGUCUGUAAAGAGGCCUUCCCAACGCCAUAAAGUAGACUGAAACGCCCUGCAAAGA